UGCAGCUCCAGUGGACACCUAAAGCGGGACUCACUGGUGUGUGUGUGUGUGUGUGUGUGUGUGUGUGUGUGUGUAAAGAGAGCUAACACACUCUCACACACACUUAACAUUUGGACACAACAUGGCGAUGAGGCGCCGAGAGACACGACGACUCUUCCCCGAUUAACACGACCACGUUAUGUUAGGUUAGGGGGGGACCGCGCGACAGGGAAAUACUACGUGAAAUUACGUAAAACGAAUUAAGCCUGAAGAGUUUAUUUUCCAAAUUCCAUUAUAUGCAUGUAGCUUGUGGCGGUCAUAUAAAGCACACUGCUUUACCCCGCUUCUGGAAAUCAAACGCUGUACAUGGCGGUGGAGAAUAUCUGGUUCUUCUGUCUACUUUCUCUGGGUUACUGUGGAUUAUCCGUGCAAGAGAAGCCUGUGUCUGUGGAGCUGAGCUGUGGUGCUGGUCCGGUCCAUGUGGUUCUGGAGCCUGAUCACCCUCUGCUGCUGGACUGCCACCUGGGGGCCAGUGAGCCCCCCCUCAACGUGACCUGGCUGCGGGAUGGAGCGGUGCUCUCUGAGAGCCAGGCCAUCCGACCUUUGCCCAACGGAUCCCUGCUUAUCUCGCCAUCCUCCACGGAUGGCCAGGCUCCAGUGGGUGUGGAGGGUGGAUACAGCUGUCUAAGUACCAGCUCGACAGGAGCCCUGACCAGCCGGGCUCUCUCCCUGCAUCUCGCCAGCUUGUCCCGUUUUCUUCAGGAUCCUGAGCCUCAGGUUGUGCCUGUAGGUGGCACUGCCCGGUUUGAGUGCUAUGCAGAUGGCUUGCCCACUCCAAGUAUCACCUGGGAGAAGGACCAGGCACCUCUACCUGCACCUACAGACCCUCUAGACCCACCCAGGUACAUAUCUCUUCCUAAUGGGGUGCUGCAGAUUUUAGGAGUCUCUAAAGAAGAUGAAGGCUUGUACCGUUGCAUGGCCUUCAACUCUGCCCGCAAGCGCUUCAGCCAAGAUGCUUCUCUCACAGUUAGCCCAGGUCUGUCUCAGGAGAGUGAGGUGGUGAUUGUGGCUCCACCGCGGAACUCUACAGUGGUAAUGGGUCGUCCAGCUGUGAUGGAGUGCAUGGCUCAGGGUGAGCCCAAACCCUUCGUGUCAUGGAGCAGACAGGAUGGGAAGCCUAUAGCUACUGAUGUGGUUGUCCUGGCAACCAACCUAGUGAUUCCUGACACCCGCAGUCACCAUGCUGGAGUGUAUGUGUGUCGUGCCAACAAACCCAAGACCAGAGAUUUCAUCUCAUCUCCAGCCGAACUUCGAGUACUGGCUCCACCAGUCAUCCUCCAGCCCCCAGAGGCAGUGUCCCUGUCCCGGGGGAAUACGGCUCGGUUUGUGUGUAAUAGUUCUGGUGACCCUCCCCCUGCUCUGCGCUGGCUCAAGAAUGGAGAACCGGUCCAGUCUAAUGCCCGGGUUAAGACUCAGAACCCUGGAGUUCUUCUCAUCAACCAGCUGCGGCUGGACGAUGCGGGAUACUACCAGUGUAUUGCUGCCAACAGCCUGGGCACCGCCUGUGCCACUGCCAAGCUGUCCGUCAUCGUGAGGGAGGGGCUGCCAAGCCCUCCUCGUCAUGUGUCGGCCACACCCCACUCCAGCACCUCAGCAUUGCUCACCUGGGACCCACCUGAACACAAUAGUGACCAGAUCAUCGGCUUCUCAGUACACUACCAACGCACUGCAGGCUCAGACAACAUGGAAUAUCAGUUUGCGGUGAAUAACGACACCACAGAGCUGCAUGUAAAGGAGCUGCUCCCUCACACAGCCUACACCUUCUAUGUAGUGGCCUAUUCGCCCAUGGGGGCCAGCCGCCCGUCACAGCCCGUUACUGUGGAGAUGCUAGAGGAUGUUCCCAGCGCUUCACCGCAGCUGUCCCUGCUGAGCACAUCUCCCACUGACAUGAGAGUCAUGUGGCUGCCCCUCUCCUCACAGCUGAGCCGUGGAGCCAUCACACGCUACCGCAUUGACUACAGAGCGCUGGAGCAGGUGGAUCGCAUAUACUCUGUGGAAGUGGGUGGGAAUGAGACACAGGUGACUCUAAGGGAUCUGAAACCAAAUCAAACGUACCAGCUCCGGAUUGCGGCGGGAACGCGAGCUGGGUUCAGCCAGCCUUCUGAGUGGGCCUCGCAUCACACACCAAACCUUACUCAGGUGCUCUUUGCUCCCACCGAGCUCAAAGUGAGAGCCAAAAUGCUUUCCCUCCAUGUCACAUGGCAACCACCACCCAAUCACACUCAGAUAACAGGCUACAAGCUUUCCUGGUGGGAGGUGGAUGGAGACGAGCUGACCAAUGAGGAGAAGCCUGUAAUCAAUAAGAGGGUUCAGCAGAUCAAACUGAGGAAGAGAGUUAAACACCAUGAGGUCACAGGCCUUGCUCCUGAUCGGCUGUAUGAAGUGAAGGUUUGGGCUUUUAAUAAACAGACUGAGGGUUAUCCUGCUGUAUGGAAGGGCAGAACAGAGAAGCUCACACAAGUGUGGAAUCCAAUCUCUCACCCACCGUUGCCGCCCAUCAGCCUCAGAGCUCGUGCGAACAGUUCCACCUCUAUCUGGCUCCGCUGGGAGAAACCGCACUUCAGCAAUGUGCGAAUCAUCAACUACACAAUACGCUGCAGCCCCGCAGGAAUACGCAAUGCAUCGCUGGUCUCAUACUAUACCAGCUCUUCUCAGGAGAUUUUACUGGGAUCACUGAAGCCCUUCACUAGCUAUGAAAUCGCUGUGCAGUCAAACGGAGUUGAUAUUAGUGGCCCCUUCAGCAGCACUGUGGAAGAAUACACACUUCCAGACAGACCUUCCUCUCCUCCUGUGGAUAUGCAGUUGAGUGCACUGGACUCAUUCUCUGUUCUGGUUAGCUGGCACCCUCCACUGGAGCCAAAUGGAGUCAUUUUGACCUACUGGAUCUUCUACACUGGCAACAUCAGCCAUCCAGAUCACCUGUGGAUAAACCUUACACAUGAUGGUUCUGUCACCAAUGCAGAAGUCCAGGGCCUGAUGAGUGGGACUCGUUAUUAUUUUAAGAUGGGGGCCUGCACUGAAAUGGGGGUGGGACCAUAUUCACCUGUGAAGGAUGUUUAUACUCCGCCAAAGAAAUAUGAGCUGGACAUCCAUGCUGUGACUGGUAUCAUAGUUGGAGUGUGUCUUGGUCUGCUCUGCAUCCUGUUCUGCUUGUGUGUCAGUUUCCGCAACGGAAAAACACGGGAUGUCUCUGGUGGACUUGACUCGAGUUCUUUGAGUCCUCAGUACAGGAAGGGUGCCCGUCCAGUGCCUGCUGCUGCGCCUGACUGCAGUGACUGCCAUGAGCUGGAAACCCUCAUGCCCUCUACUGCACAAGACCCCAACAGACCCCUCACAGAGCCCAGUGAGGAACAGAGUCUAAUGGGUAAUGUUGCAGGGACUGAUGAUGGCCUUUCAGAAUCCAAGUCAGCCUGGAACGGAUCCGUCAGUCGGAAUUGGGCCAAUAGGAUCACUAGAUACAGAGAUACUAUAACUGAGGAUUCUUCGGCUCUCAUCAAUGGAGCUUUAGAGGGACCACCGUCAGAGUACAGUAAGAGUGGGCAUGUGGAGAGGCUGUAUUCCCUCAGCAAGAACCAGGUGGAGGCUGAAGUCAUUGUGCAUUCGCAGCUGUCUAACACAACAGUUGACCAGGGUCCACAAAGCGACAUGGAGCUCUGUCUGGAGUCUCCAUCUUCCCAGCACCCUUCUCCUGGAGACAAGGCAACUCCAUCAACCCCUCAUCCACCUUGUGCUCACAACGAGGACAACAAUGAGAGCCAAUCUCCAUCUCCAACCCCCAGCACUCACAUCUCCGAAGUACUGUCCAAUCACAAUGGACCAUUUGAGAGUGAGCUUAGCCAGCCGACAGUGGGUGGUGCCAAAAACCAAGGAGUGGGGCUUACUAAUGGCUUCCACUCGUCCAAACCCCUUCGGCCAAAGGCAGAGACCCUGGAGAACGGGACCCACAGACUGUGCCCCACAGGAAAGGUUCUGUCCUCACCAGGUCUCCCCACUUCCCCCUCAUCCUUAGCCAAUUCUGGCCUUGACCAUUUUACCUCAGGGGCGCAUAACUAUGCGUACCCCUAAGCUGGAAGGAAGAGAAGUGUAAUAAAUGGUGUUCCUGAAGUUCUGGGACAGAGAAGGACAACAGUGGAGACCAAUGAGUGGCACCUUCCUGCUGGAGAAAUGGAUAUUUUCUCAUAGCCACGCUUGCCUCCUCUCUCAGCUGUUUUAUUGCAACCUUUUGGUUCCAUUAUUUUAUAUGUAUGUACAUAUAGAAUAUUUUUUUAGCACUAGCAUCCAUGGAUAUGCAUUUUAUGGCAUAUCAGUGGCACACUUUAAUUCCUCUUUGUGUGCAUGUAUGGAAUGUGCUGAAUUGGUUUAUAUGUUUACAUGCACACAUGAGGUCAAUGAGGUGAAGUCGAAGGAUCCUGAAAUCAGCCCUGCAUAUGGAAACAGAACUCAUUCACGGGACAGAUGUCACGGAUCGAUCCGAGGUGCAGACCCAUUUUGUCAAAGAAGAUUACCCUGCCACAAAGUACCACCUCCUGCUGUCUCAGGGUUGCUAUACAAAGAUCUGUGCUUUCAAAAUGGUUAUUAUAAACAAAAAAUAGCACCACCUUCAGUUCUACAUGGAUAUUGCGUAACUGUCUAUUUGACUUUAAAGGGAUUGUGCACCCAUCAAUGAAAAUUUCGUCAUUUGCUCACCCUCGUGUUGUUCCGAACCUGUGCAUGGACAAAAAAACAUCUUUAAAAUAUCUUGUUUUGUUUUCUGCAGAGGGAAGAAAGUCAUACAGGUCUGGAAUUUUCAUUUUUGGGUAAACUGUCCCUUUAACUUGAUCAGAUCAAAGGGACAUCUUCACACGCAUGCAUGCAAACACAAACCUGAAUACAAUACAAAUAAAAAGCCACAUUCCCUGACUGGAGCAUAGCGUCUCAGGAGUCUCAAAUUCAAGGUGCAUUUGUAUAUACAUGAUUGCUGUAUUAAAAACAUGUGGAAAAACGUGACAAAAAUGAAGGAACACUCAUGUACAUUUUGUAUCAUUUCAAGUCUUGAGUGUACUUGUAAAGACACAUCACACUGAUUCAUGCUCCAACUUUUUCUCAGUCAACAGCACUACCUCAUUUCUUUACAGGAUUAUAUUAUUUUUCGGUGUGAUUUUAUGAGUGUAAUUAAGAAGGCGACUUCUUACGUGCGUUUUUUAAGCCGUCUGAUUCAUAGCCUUUGGAUAAUAGCAGAAUCUACUGCCCUUCUCACUCUGUCUGUGUUCUUGUGUAACGGUUACUGAAACCUUCGUCUCUGGUAAUUAGCCUGUGUGCGAGCAUGUGGUUAUUCGCUUGUGUGAUAUGGGAGAUAAAUAAUUUGAUCGUCACAACAGUUUUCCAAUAUACCCUUCAAGUAAGGGAUUUAAAAACAAUGGGAAGUGUCCAUAAGAUCUACCUGUUGACAUGCCAGUCAUCUCCUUUUCUCAGGAACUUCUACACAGGGAGUCUGAGAAGAACAUUUUCAGCCAAACUAGGAAAUAGCCUCCAUCUCUCAGGCAGGUCUUGUCCCGUACCGUAUUUGUCUUUUGGCAACGCAUCUUUCACCAUUUCGUGUUCAUCUGGAACGGUAAAUAAACUUUGUCCUCCAUGCAAAAUCAUGCAUUGCUGCUGAGAGCAGGAUUUGUAUCUAUUGCGCUUCACUUUUAUGCAUUUUAAUGCUUAUUUAAAGUAGUCUCUUUUAUGUUAAAGCUGUUAUAUCGGAAGACGUCAACGACAACUCUCGGUCUAGUCGGUCUCUGUCAUUUGAUUUUACUCCUUAUUCAAUAAUUUCACUGAAUAGUGCUUUGGUGCUAGAUCAAGACUGUAGGUUCCUUUUAAGAUGGUAUUUUAAACAUUCCAGUUUUUGUAUGUACAGUACAGCAGGCCAAACUCAGGGCUGAUCAUGUAGGAAAUGAAGAUGAUGAAUGUCUGAAUUACUCUGGCUGCUUUUUAAACAACACACUGUAAGCAUGUUGCAUACCGUCAGUUGUCUCAAUUCUAGAUGUACAGUGGCCAGUCAACAACAACUUGAUCUGUAGCUUUAGUCGAUGAUUUUACUGAGAUUAUAAUGUAUUUGUUGAAUAUGCUUCAUGCUAAAAGAAUAGUUCACCCAAAAAGGACAAUUCUGUCAUUGACGCACCCUCAUGUCGGUCCAAAGUUAACCUGUAUGACUUGCUUCUUUCUUCAAAAAAGAA